AAAUUAUUAUAGAACCGCCUCUAAGAUAUUCUUUAAGUAAUAUUACAUUAUAAUUCAAAACAGAAAAUAUAUAAUUACAAUUAGAACACACCAAUUCAAGUGCUCACUUUCUGAGUAUUGUGUUUCUGCACAUUUGACAUUGGCAAUCCAUGGGUCAGUGAACCCAAUCAAGCCUGUUAUAACAAAGAUCAACAUCAACAUUGUUCCACAAAACUGGAGUAUAUAUAUAACCUGUAUACUGUGAUUUUUCUUUAAUGCUAUCGCUCUCAGAAGUCUAAAUUAAUGGCCGCUGAAAAUGCUAAAGAUGAUGCUGAAGUGGGAAGACUGCCCACCGAUUCUGAAGAUUUCGAGUGGCAGGGAUGGAAGUUCAAGUAUACAAAGUCUCAUAUUUUGCAUUCUAUUUGCAGCUCACCUGAGAAGUGCAAGUCUACACCUGAAGAACAGUGCUGCUUAUGUCUAUACACAAAUUGCUUACAACUGUCCCAUUUGCCAGAGAUGGUGUUUCCUAAAAACAUACUCACAAUCAGUCACCCGUCUGGGGGCAAAAUCGAAUUUAACACCUUAGACGCCCUAAAAAGCGUCGAAAACGGAAAACUCCCCAUUCAAGUGGCUUGCUCCGAAGAAUGGAAAGAAUCAAGACUGGCAGAACAUUUAGAAGAAAAGAUAAAACCCUUCGACUGGACAUUUAGUACUAACUAUAAAGGAACCUUGAGCGAAGACGCUGUUGUUGAACCUACCGAGGAAACAAUCGACAUGGAAAUGCUUAAACGAAAAGAAAAAAUACUUUUUUAUAACGAGAUGAUGCUUUACGAGGACGAACUGCACGACAACGGAAUAUCAUCUUUAACCGUUAAAAUUCGAGUGAUGCCCAGCUCCUUCUUCAUCCUCCAAAGGUUCUUCCUUAGGGUCGACGGGGUCUUAGUAAGAAUCAACGACACCCGAGUGUUUCAUGAUUUUACAAAAGAUUUUGUGAUACGAGAGUUUACUAAUAAAGAAUGUGCUGUUAAAGAUAUAAAGUUGCCUUUAACUUUGUUCGGUGAUCCUAACAUGCUGUCGUCGCAUAUGCCUCUUAAAUCUUCGACUACUGAGAAAAUUACUUUUAGGAUUAAGUGAUGAACAGUUUUAUUUGUAAUUUGCGAUUUUUUUUUUAUUUAAUAUACUUAUUUUAAGCUUGUA